UUGGUCAUUAGUCUACGGUUUCGUGAUUUGAUCAUGUGACUUAUUGUGGGUCAAAAUGGCAGACGGAUUUCAAAAGGGGUAGCAGACAUAAAACAGUUGAUUUUGCAAUAAUCAGAAUGCCUAGCCAAGCUACAGAAUAUACUCCAGGAGUACCUGACUGGAGUACAGUUCAUGAACCAACAGGAGAACUGUUUCCUCCAAUACAGUCAAAGGAUGAAUGGGAAAGGUUAAAACUGACAGAUGAGCAGGUGAAUACAUUCCAUGAACAAGGCUUUCUGUUGAAUGUUCCUGUUCUAACUGAAGAACAAUGUGAUAAAAUACUAGAUGAUUAUAAAUACUUUAUGGGGGGCUCACAUCAUCCCGGGAAAAACAUGUUGUAUGAAUACCAUAGCAACCAAGCUGAAGACCCAGACAAUGUCUUGGUACAUGUCCUUGGCCAUUGGAGACUUACAAAACUUUUCCAUGAUUUGGCAUUUCAUCCAAAAAUAGUGAGAGCAGCAUCCCAGCUGUUAGGAGACAAGGGAGAGAAUGUUGGAGUGAGGUUCUGGCAUGAUCAACUAUUUGCGAAACCUGCAAAGCAUGGAGGUGUUGUUGCAUGGCAUCAAGACUAUUCCUAUUGGACAAGAACAGCUCCAAUGAGCCAUUUAACAGUUCAUGUUGCCCUUGAUGAUCAGGUAGAAGAUAAUGGUGGUCUUAAAUAUAUUCCUGGAUCACACAGGUGGACCAGAAAUGGUGGGAAACCUCUUCCAGUGUUGGACUUCAAUUUCAAAGACAUGGAGGGAAUUAAGACCAUACUUACAGAUGAGGAAAAUGCUCAAUUCAAGCCAGUCAUGGGGCUGCUGAAGAAGGGAGAAUGUAGCAUUCAUCAUGCCCUUAGUGUACAUGGGUCUUAUGGAAAUAAAUCCGAUCGACCAAGAAGAGCUGCUGUGGUGAAUUAUUUCAAAGAUGGCGUGCAGUCUGUGUCUGAAGAGGAGAUGUUGUUUUCUCACACAAGCGAUGAGACGGCACAUGUUAAUGAUCCUAGAAGAAGAUGUCAUGUGCCAAAGGUAAUCUGGGAGAUUUGUGGAUCAAAGAUGGAAGGGCAAUUCUUUCCACUUGUGUUUGAUCCUGCAUGGGUGAACUAACAAUAGUGUGAAGGAGACUACCCUAAAUGAGGACAAUGGACAUAAAAUGCAUUGCAAAUGAAAUGGAAAAAAUGAAAAUACAUGAACCAUGAGUUUAACUCAUAUACCAGUUGUCAGAUUUGCAUUGGUUCAAUUUUGUAUGUUAUUUCCAAGAUGAUUGCUGAAAUUGAUAACUCAAGCACCAAGUGUCACAUUUGGUUCAGUCUCAGAUGUCUUAUUUGAAGAGGACUCGAGAAGAAAUGCUGAAUAGACUAGAUGCGAGUAGGCAUAAUCUUGAUUUACGUCAUUAAAUAUUCAAAAUUCAGUCAAAGCGAUGUCAUAUUUUAAAUCUACAUGUAAAAGUAC